GUGACGUGUCGUGCUGACGGCGGCCUUGAAGCUGGCGGAGCGGGGGGCUGUAGCAUGAGGAGAUUUGGCUUUAGACGUUUGAGUUUCAGCGCAGAGCCCCGAACAGUCGGCCCCUCCUUCUCUGGUCCUCUCUGGCCCGCCCUAAUAACACAAAAUUCCCGAUUGAAUCCUGCCCGAGUCUGGGGAAAGCAGGCGGCCUGGGGAACCGAGACGCGGACCGAGGCCACUCCUGCAGCUUAAAUCUGCGCUCCAGUGACAAAUGCAGCGCGAGGACAAUGGAUGAGGAUGACACCAGGCUUGCAAUUCAUUCUCAAGAGCCUAAAAUAAUAAUACACGGAUCGGAUGAGGGUGGCGCCGGCGGGCAAGAGUUUGUCGUGGAGCUACAAGAGACUGUGUUGGUGUCUGAGGGUGAGGGAGAGGGAAUGGCAGUUCACAGGUUCACUCCAGAUGAGCUUGUGAUCCAGGAUGCUGUUGAGGACGUGGUGUCGGAGUAUGUGCACUGCGAUGAAGAUGAAGAUGUUGCCGUAGAGACCUGUGUGAUGGCUCUUGAUGGGGAAGAGGAAGGUGUUGCUAUGGGGGACAUCCCUGAAGAUGGGCUGGACCCAGAACAACAGGAGGAGGAGGACCAAGAUGGCUGUGGAGACUACCUGAUGAUAUCUUUGGAUGAGGCAGGUAAAAUGGUGUCUGAUGAUGGGACUGAGGUAACAGUGGAGGGGGCUGUGGAGGAUCAGGAAGUGGAGAAGGACGAGGAUGGCCAGGAGGUGAUAAAAGUGUAUAUCUUCAAGGCUGACUCUGGGGAGGAUGACAUGGGAGAGUCGGUUGACAUCAGUGACGGCGACACAGAGAGUGUGGCACUGACAGAGUCUUCAGGCCAGACACUAAGAGAGAAGAUGGUUUACAUGUCUGUUGGGGAUUCUCAUCACAAUCAAGGUAACCACGGUGGGUCCAAGGUGACUGAUGAGGUUUAUAUGGAGGUGGUGGUAGGAGGCGAGGAGCCAGUAGCUCAUGACCGCUCGUAUGACAGUGUGUCUCUAAGCAAGGACUUCAUGCCUGUGGCCUGGGCAGCUGCUUAUGGUGCAGAGGACAGUGAGAGUUGUGAAAACAGGAACGGCGCAGCCAGUGCUCUGCUACACAUUGAUGAAUCGGACGGGGUCGACGAGAUUACCAGACAGCGCAACAAGAACAAGAGAAGAUCCGAACCCCGACAGGUCCAGACAGCCAUCAUCAUUGGUCCAUAUGGCCAGCCUCUGACAGUAUACCCCUGCAUGCUUUGCGGAAAAAAGUUCAAGUCGAGAGGCUUCCUAAAGCGUCACACCAAGAACCACCAUCAGGAUGUUCUGACCAGGAAAAAGUAUCAAUGUACGGAUUGUGACUUCACCACCAACAAGAAAGCUAGUCUCCACAACCACAUGGAGGUACACACCUUGAGCAGCAAGGCCCCUUUUGAGUGUGAAAUAUGUGGCAAGGAGUUUCACCAGCAAGCGACGUUGUUCUCUCACAGACUGCAGCACCACCAUCGCGAGCCCAAAAGCCAGGUGCCUCCACAAGCCACCAAGAUGCAUAAGUGCAAGUUCUGUGACUAUGAAACUGCUGAGCAAGGACUACUCAACAGGCACUUGUUGGCAGUUCACAGCAAAAGCUUCCCGCACAUCUGCGUGGAGUGUGGAAAGGGCUUCCGGCAUCCCUCCGAGUUGAAGAAGCAUAUGCGCACGCACACAGGAGAGAAGCCUUACUCCUGCCUCUACUGUGACUACAAGUCAGCCGACUCCUCCAACCUCAAAACACACAUCAAGACGAAACACAGCAAAGAGAUGCCAUACAAGUGCGAGCGAUGUUUUCAAACUUUUGCCGAGGAGGAGGAAUUACUGCAGCACGGACUGACACAUGAGGAGAAUAAGACCCACCAUUGUGCCCACUGUGAUCACAAGAGCUCCAACUCGAGUGACCUGAAACGCCACAUUAUAUCCGUUCACACCAAGGACUACCCCCACAAAUGUGCUGUCUGUGGUAAAGGCUUCCACCGGCCAUCUGAACUAAAGAAGCACUCUGCUUCUCACCGUACCAAGAAACUCCACCAGUGCCGGCACUGCAACUUCAAAAUUGCAGACCCCUUUGUGCUCAGUCGCCAUAUCCUGUCUGUUCACACUAAGGAGCAGCAGGCCGCCCCUGAAAAGAGUGAGGUUAAGAGGACUGUCGAGACUCAUCUGCCCGUUGCGGCCCCCAAAAAGGCUGCACCUAGUGGGUCUGGUGGGUCUUCUGCGCCCACUAGGGUCAGCGCAGCCAGCUUAGCUAGCAGUGUCACUGUGGUUAUUGGUAAGGGGCAAAAGGAAAGGAGAAUUUACCAGUGCCAAUACUGUGACUACAGCACAGGGGAUGCCUCAGGCUUCAAGAGGCACGUCAUUUCCAUCCACACAAAAGACUAUCCUCACCGCUGCGAGAUCUGCUCGAAAGGUUUCCGAAGGCCCUCGGAGAAAAACCAGCAUAUCAUGCGCCACCACAAGGACAUGGUGCAGGCAGAGUGACUGACGGGGCCAAAUACUGUGCGCCCACAUAUGACACUGUUGCAGCCGCCCAUCACACAAAUUACGGCAACCUCAGCACUGCACUCAGUUUUCACACUUCAAAGAGAUGUGUGAAGAGGUCUUCAGAAUCACAAUACCCAAACAAACGGGGGUGAGGGCCGGAUUGAGGAUUAUUUUUGGAUCCACAGUCCAUUUGUGGAGAAGCAGCAGAUAUUUGCCAUUUUGAUCAUACACACGAAUUGGUAAAGCGGAAAUAGAUGUAUGUCUAGGGUGGACUUGUUUUUACCUGUGAACAAAUGUUUUCAUAGAAAUUAACAUUGCAGUAUAUACUUAAAUCCUGGAAAUAGCUUAAUCUACGGUCAACAGUGUCCCCAGAUGAACUGAUGCUAAUAUUAGCCUGGUAGAAAACUGUUGGUAGAUGUUGGCCGAUUACAUCAGUGUCGUAAUACAACUGUCUGGCCUUAAUAGGGAUGGCAUUCCUUGUGCCAUUGUUUAAGAGAAACUGACUAAAUUGUCUUGGUUUCCCCCCUCCCACAGACCUUACUCUUGCCAGUAGAAAGGGAAACGUAUUCGUCUCUUUUAGAUGCAAUUCCAGAAGACUGUUGCUGGUGACGUAUUUGUUCCACGACCUACUUUUAUUUCACCAGUUAAUAUUUUGUUUUUAUAUUUAUUUCAUCAUUUACAGUUUGUUGUAUAGUUAACGUGUAACUAGACUUCUAUGGGACGUAAAUUAUUGUUUUGUACACAAAUCUGUAAAAAGUGUGUAGAUGUAAACACUUGAUCAAACGCAAAUUGGAACUGUGUUGUUAUGGAUGUACUUCGACGUAUUUGUUAAAAAAAAGGUAAUAAAAGCAAACUAUU